UUCCUUGUCUUUCUCCUCGCCCGCCCCCUUCGCCACAAAGUUUAGCUUCACCUUGGCUUCACCUGUAACACUAAUCCUUGUCAAAUAACCGCUCCUUAUCACCCAUCCAAUCAUUUUGCCCUUCCACCCAAGAUGGCCUCAGACAACCAGAGGCGUUUCUAUACUCAAACUCCCUCAAAUGCACCUUCAACUGCAACUCUUCUUCAAUCUCCAGGGGGCUCCCAGGUCGUGCAGGCCGCGUUUUCUCGGGGCCCCCAGUCCUUGAGAAGUAUGCAAAGUACAAACUCCCUUAACGAGUCGCCUUACAGCAGUGCUGGGCGGACCGCGUCUCUACAAGGACAGUCAAUAUCUGAUAAGUUCUCCCUAUCUCCUGAUCCGUCCUCAUGGGGUGCCGCUCUUUCCAUGAACCAGGCAGAACCAGAUGACUUCCUCCAUAAUCCGGAUCCUCGUCGUGACCGCAAGAAUGACCGCGGUGGCUCAAUCUUCACUUACAGAGGUCUAACAAAUCUCGGCUGCCUUAUUUUUCUUGCUGUUGGACUCGUCACCCUUUUUGCUGGAUACCCUAUGAUAUCCUAUUUUACAAAGCAAUCUCUUUCAAACGAGGGUGGAUUCAACCUUGGUGGAAUCAAUGCGAGCGGACAGAUUCCAACUAUGCCAAAUAAUUAUGGUCUUAUUGACGUGGACACUCCAUCAUCCGCCCAUACCUACACGUCCUUUGCAGAUUCCUCAGAAUGGCAGUUAGUUUUCAGCGAUGAAUUCAAUCAAGACAACCGGACCUUCUGGCCUGGAGAUGAUCCAUACUGGGAGGCUGUGAACCUUCAUUAUUGGCAGACCAAUGACCUUGAAUGGUAUUACCCUGAUCAGGUCACGACCAAAAAUGGCGCGCUGGAAAUCACUCUAUCGGAAAGGGAGAUGAACAAAUUGAAUUUCACGAGUGCAUUGCUCUCCACUUGGAAUAAGUUCUGUUUCACAGGUGGUAUGGUUCUGGUGUCAGUCAGUUUACCAGGGACAAACGACGUCAGUGGUCUGUGGCCGGCAGUGUGGUCAAUGGGCAAUCUUGGACGAGUCGGAUACGGCGCCAGCCUCGAAGGAAUGUGGCCUUACUCUUAUGAUGCUUGUGACGUCGGCACAACCUCCAACCAGACGUACAAUGGCUUACCAACGGCAGCUCUUACCACCGGUGAUCCGUACAACAACAACGCGCUUUCGUAUCUCCCUGGCCAGCGUUUGUCAAGGUGCACUUGCAAAGGAGAAUCCCAUCCGGGACCUGUGCACUCGGAUGGGACGUACGUUGGUCGGUCUGCACCCGAAAUUGAUAUCUUCGAGGCACAGGUUACCGGUUCGCUUCUGCAAGGUCAAGUUUCUCAAUCUGCGCAGUGGGCUCCUAUGAACGCUGGCUACGUAUGGCAGAACUCAACAGGAAACUUUAACAUCCCCAACCCAGAUGUCACCAUACUCAACCCGUACAUUGGUGGUGUCUUUCAGCAGGCCACAUCUGGUGUCACAAAUACAAACCAGAGUUGCUACACACAGAACACCGGGUGCUAUGAGACCUAUGGAUACCAGUAUAAGCCAGGUUACAAAGCUGACGGAGGCUACAUCAGUUGGAUUGCAAAUGAUGUUGUUUCAUGGACCCUCGACGCCUCCGGAAUGGUAGCUGAUCCGGUGACUCAAAUUGCUGAUAGACCAAUCCCCCAAGAGCCAAUGUACCUUAUCGCCAAUUUGGGCAUCUCUCCCAACUUCGCAACGGUCGACUUCACCAACCUGAUUUUCCCAGCUACGAUGCGGAUAGACUGGAUUCGUGUCUACCAGCCUAAAGACAACAUCAACAUCGGCUGUGACCCCAAGGAUUACCCGACUGCUGCAUAUAUCAACGAAUAUCUUGAGGCGUACACGAAUCCGAACUUGACGACUUGGCAGACCGAUUUCAAACAACCCUUCCCCAAGACCAAUUACACGGGUCAGUGCUAGGGCAGUACGUACAUUUUUGCUCGUUUAUACUGUCUGUUCUUGUGGACUUUGGUGCCAUCGGACUAGUAUCAUCCAGCUGUCUGUCUUUCUAUUGGAUUUCCUUCGUUCAUGUAUUCCCUCGUGCACACUUUUCCACGUACUCUACGCCUUGUUCGUCCUCCCAUACUGUUUAAGUCUUCUAUGGAGGUCUGCAUAUCAUCUACAAUUAUGUUAGGUAUAUCCUAUUUACGUAGAGGUCGGUUGAUGAAGGGCGUCGAGAUUGGGUGUCACUCGAAUUCGAUCAUACCACUUGCAUUUAAUAGA